UUUUUUUGAUACCAAGAAAAGAAAAAAAUUCAUUAUGAAUUAUCAACAACAAGAUCUAAGACAUUCAAAACGUUUCCAAAUGAAAUCCACUUUGUUACAUAUUUUAUUUCCCGUACGUAUUAUUGCCUGUAUAACAUUGGCUGUAUUAUCCUAUUGUCAUUGGAUUGAUAUUGCUGAAAAUGCUGAAAAAGAUAGUGAUGAAACGAAUAUUCGUGGUAAACUUUUAUACAUCACUUUGUUUGCUAUCGUCAUAUUUUUGGCAUCAAUAAUAGGAUGGUCAGGUGUUAUCCGACGAAAUUGGUCAUUAGUUGUUGCAUUCAAUGGUACAGCAAUGUUAAUCAUUAUGAUCGAUAUUUAUAUGACAAUAUUCGAUAUACGUUUCUAUUUGAUUUCAUUGAUUAUUACAAUCAUAAUGCUUAUUGUUAAUAUAUUUUUAGCUAUUGAUUUGGAUGGUAUACGAAAACAAGAAGAUUUAAUUCGUCGUGCACGUAUUGAUGAACAUAAUCGUCGUAGAAAAUUAGCUCAAAUGGAACAACAACAAGAAUAUUAUAAAUCAUUAAAUUUGAUUCAAGAUUCGAAUUAGGAAUUCAAAAAACAAAUAGAAAAUUUUAAAAACAAAGCAAACAUACAA